AAGAAUGAUGAUGUGCAAUGUCACGAUCCUCCACUCUCUCUGCUGCGGGGCAAUGAACGUCCGGUCCAUACACCUAGUAGUGCGAGGCAUAAAUACCGCCAGCGCCGUACUCUUUCUCACCAUCACCCUCUUACUCCUCACCGAAAAAAUCAGCAACGACCAUGUCUACUCCACACCCCCACCAUUUCCGCCCAGCGACGACGCACGCCGACUGGACCAAGACUGACCAGUACCACAACAAGUACCUGCUCUCACAGGACGAAGCGCUUGAAUUCGCUCUGAAGAACACAGACGCGAACGGCAUCCCCCUUAUCAGCGUCUCUGCUGCCCAGGGAAAGUACCUCUACUUGCUCGCCAAGACGCUCGGUGCGAAGCAGAUCUUGGAAGUGGGCACGCUCGGCGCCUACUCGACUAUCUGGAUGGCGAAGGCGCUGCCUGAGGGCGGGGAGAUCAUCUCCCUCGAAGUGAACCCGAAGCACGCGAAGAUCUCGACAGAGAACAUCGCUCACGCUGGCCUCUCCUCCAAAGCACGCGUCAUCCUCGGCCCCGCUCUGGACAGCUUCCCCACGCUCUCCCCCAGCCCGCCCUUCGACCUCGUCUUCAUCGACGCGGACAAGGACAACAACGGGCCUUACUUCGCGGCUGCUCGCAAGCUUGUACGUACCGGUGGGGUGAUCGUUGUCGACAACGUGGUCAGGAACGGGAGGGUCGCGGAUGACAGUUUGCAGACGACGGACGUGGUGGGCGUGAGGAAGCUCUUGCAGAUGGUUAAGGAUGACAAGGGCGUGGAGGCGACUACGAUGUCGACCGUCGGUGACAAGGGUUACGACGGCUUCAUGUACAUCUUGGUAAACGAGGGCAUCUAAAUGUCAGAUCAGGGAAUUG